UUCUCCUCCGUGUUGGGCCUCUCUCUCUCCGUCUCUGGUAAUAUCUCUGUGUGGCUGUCUGACGCAGUUCAGACAUUUUGGGUAGAUUAUUCAACCACACCGGGCCGAAGACUAACAAGAAACUGAACAAAAGCCGUUUUUUACAACAACAAAAAAAACAUCGUUCAAUAUGGGUCCACCAGGAGACAACCCACGUCGCGUGUCCUCUGAAAGAACGGAGGAUUUAAGUUGGUUUGUCCAUUUAUCUUGACAUGGCAUGCAAAGGGUUAGUUUUGGUGGUUGUGACGAAUGAAGAGAAAACGCAGAUAAAUAGCUAACACCUCCCCACAAAAAUCAGCGUGUGUAAGAUAUUUAUGACUGCGUUUAUUGGUGUCGGGUAAAUAAAAUCAAGUUGGUUCUCUCGACGGGAAUCUUUAACAUCAUGAUGAUAUUGGAAGGAAAUGUUCAUGUAAAAUGACAGGAUACAACAGUUAAAUCUGUUCCGAUAUUAAAUAGCAAACCAGGCAGAAAUGUAAAAUGGUUAGAUGUCUCUCAGCUGGCUGGCUAACCGCACCACAUACAGGCCUCAAUUACUCCAAGUAACAAACAUAUGAUGUAGCUAACUAGUUAAUCCACUAACUAGUUAGUGUAUGCAGACUAGGUAGCUCAUGGUAGCUAGUCAGCUAAAAAAAAUACUGCCGUCACGAUGAGUAUCGACAAAGGCAGUAAACAAGGCCCCGGGCCAGUUCAAUGGCAGUAAACGAGGUCCCAGGCAAGUUCAAUGGCAGUAAACGAGGCCCCGGUCCAGUUCAAUGGCAGUAAACAAGGUCCCGGGCCAGUUCAAUAGCAGUAAACGAGGCCCCAGGCAAGUUCAAUGGCAGUAAACAAGGUCCCGGGCCAGUUCAAUAGCAGUAAACGAGGCCCCAGGCAAGUUCAAUGGCAGUAAACAAGGUCCCUGGCCAGUUCAAUAGCAGUAAACGAGGCCCCGGGCCAGUUCAAUGGCAGUAAACAAGGUCCCGGGCCAGUUCAAUGGCAGUAAACGAGGCCCCAGGCAAGUUCAAUAGCAGUAAACGAGGCCCCGGGCCAGUUCAAUGGCAGUAAACAAGGUCCCUGGCCAGUUCAAUAGCAGUAAACGAGGCCCCGGGCCAGUUCAAUGGCAGUAAACAAGGUCCCGGGCCAGUUCAAUAGCAGUAAACGAAGCUAAGGCCCGGGAGAUGUCAGGUUAUUUUGGUAAACGUCAAUGUUGUCAACUCAAACCUGGUGCCAACAUCUGGCAUUACUUUCCAUGAUGGUUGUCUGUACCCCCCCAGUCUGCCAGUAUUACGCUCAUAACGCGGUCUGAACACAAACCGCGUCAGUCAUGGACGAAGCUUUGAGUUUGACAAGACGACAGUAUGAAUUGUGUCUGCUAGUUUUGAGUAGUAGCCUUGUAUUUCAGUAGUGAGAAGUAGUGUCGGUAUGUUUUUUUGUUGUUGAAAUAGCUAUUCUUUCUCUUAGUAGUUUGUUGUCAGUAACAGGAAGGAGAAAGGUGCACCUAAACGAUUUGUUCACGUUAUCACUAGGCCAAUGACGUGUUGAAUUAAAGUUUAAUUUGGCCUGUAUUCGAAUGUCAUGCUUUUAAUCACAUGGCUUCUUGAAUAACUCAUGAAACAAAUGUAGCGAAAUAUUAAGAACCCCUUCCACCCAUGUACAACUUACAUAGUUUGAUAUUUCAUUGAAUUCCUCCUUCAGUUAGUAGGCAUUUCAAAAGAGAAUCAUUUGAUUUCUCGUUUCUGAAAGGGGUAGUAGCUACAUCUCAAAAGCAAAAUAGACAACUCGAAAGUAUAGGCAAAAUAUUAUGUAAAAGAGAAGACACUAGCAUCAAAAUCUAAUAAUGGGAGACCCAAUCUGGAGAAGAAACCAAACUAGGAAUCGACUCCGUGCUCAGAUUCAGAAGAAAAGGGAAUCUUUGGCUGACCAGUUUGACUUCAAGAUCUACAUAGCCUUUGUUUUCAAAGACAAAAAGAAGAAGUCUGCGCUGUUCGAGGUAGCUGAAGUGGUACCAGUGAUGACCAACAACUAUGAAGACCAUAUCCUGAAAGGUGUGCAGGCUUCCAGCUACUCCCUCCAGAGUUCCAUGGAACUUCUGCAGAAAGAUGUCGUGCAGUUGCACGCCCCACGCUACCAAUCAAUGCGCAGGGAUGUCAUAGGAUGCACCCAGGAGAUGGACUUCAUCCUGUGGCCGCGCAACGACAUAGAGAAGAUAGUCUGUCUCUUGUUCUCCAGAUGGAAGGGGGCUGAGAAUGAACCCUUCAGGCCUGUUCAGGUAAAACAUUUAGCUUCCUUCACCAAAUGGCUACACACCUGGGUCCUAAUCACUAGAUCACACUAGGAAAAAGGUUUGAGAGAGAGUGUUUAUUGGAUAAAAUCAGGUAGUCCUUCCUUGUUUUGGUUUAUUAGCUGUUUUGUGUGUUCAUCGUGAAUAUGCCCCUGAAAUCAAAUUAUAUUCAACUAAUAUUCUGUACUGUUACGUUGAUGGCCAGUCGUGGUGAACGUAGUAGGGCCUAUUGAACUUGAGCUGUUUUUUACGUCACACAAAGUACAUUUUUCCGAAGUGUUGUAUCCCAUAUGUAUUUGUGUUUUGUUUAUCCACAGGCCAAGUUUGAGUUUCAUCAUGGAGACUACGAGAAGCAGUUGUUGCAUGCUGUCGGCCGGAGGGACAAGGCUGGAAUGGUUAUGAACAACCCAACUCAGUCGGUCUUCCUCUUUAUGGACCGACAGCUCUUACAGACUCCUAAAACCAAGGCCACCGUUUUUAAGUUGUGCAGCCUUUGCCUGUACCUGCCCCAGGACCAGCUAACGUGCUGGGGCGUUGGCGACAUCGAAGACCAUCUCCUCCCGUACAUGCCUGACUAGGGCCAGCCGGCCUCCAUGGCUUUCACCCACAACACAAGGAAGAUUGACCCACAAGCCACUGAAGCAAGUUGAUGUCUCUCUCUCAUCCACCACACAUCCUUCCUUUUGAAUAGAAUUGAACUGGUGCUUGGAUCUCCCUUUUUGUUUAAACACUUGUUCAUUCAUUUCCGUCCUCCUGAAGCACAUUUGUUUUUCCUUACCAAGCUUCGUCCUCCGACCAGUUUCGGCUUGGUUUUCCCUUUUAUCCUCCAUCUUGUUUUUUUUUACCUACACAAACAUUGAUUUUGAGUGGUUGGUUAUUCCCCCCAUGGAGCUGCACUGUCAACAGACCAGUCCAGUGACUGAAGGAACUCUUUAUGUUGCCACCAAGCAGGAACAAAAGCCACACAGGCUUUCAUGACGUUCAGUCUCUGCUGGACACAUUGUAACCCAUGUCAAAAAGAUUGUAAAAGCUUCUGAUGAUGUGUUUUUAAAGAGGAAAAGAUGCCCAGAGGGGUUCUAGAACGACAUCUAUGAUGUGUUUUUAAAGAGGAAAAGAUGCCCAGAGGGGUUCUAGAACGACAUCUAUGAUGUGUUUUUAAAGAGGAAAAGAUGCCCAGAGGGGUUCUAGAACGACAUCUAUGAUGUGUUUUUAAAGAGGAAAAGAUGCCCAGAGGGGUUCUAGAACGACAUCUAUGAUGUGUUUUUAAAGAGGAAAAGAUGCCCAGAGGGGGUUCUAGAACGACAUCUAUGAUGACAGGUGAGGUGUCGUUAAAACGCCUCCACUUUUUAAAGAUACAUAUGAACAGUAUUUAAAAAUCAUUUGGUGUAGGUAUUUUCUCAUUUGUUUUCCUUUUAAGCCUCCUUAGUUUGAAGCUGGGUGUUUGUUUUGUUUUUUUAAUAGAUUUUGGCCGUCAUUUCCAUUCCUGUGAAAUAUUCCAGGUAGAUGAUGUUUGGUAAGAGCUGGAGUACAGAUGAGAACAGUUGGGAGGGAGUUUCGAGACCAGUGUUGUGAAUCGCAUGGUGCGGACAGACACACAGUGUCGAUGUUGGUUAGAUGCUGAAGCUUGUUAACACGCAAGCUACUGAAAUCUGAUGUGUGUCCCCCCCCCCCCCCCCCCCAAGUGGGUUGGCAAGGGUGAAUACUAGUGUUAAAAAGAUAAUUUACCUAACAAUGGAACAGGUUGUUGAGUUGAAAUGAAUGUGAUCGCCUGAUUUAUGUUCCUUAAUUUGCCAAACAACAGUAUCCUAAGAGUACUAAUUGAUGCGGUGCUUAUAAAAUGGGUGUUUAAAAAAAUAAACUAAUAAUAACAAUGUUUUGCAAGCUUGCUUUGCCGGGGGAAAUAAGGCACAGUCGGUACAUUUAAUUUAGGCUUUUCUUUUGAUUCAAUGUGUUCACCUGAAGGCAGGUCAAUGUGUUCCCCUGAAGGCAGGUCAACCUGAAGGCAGGUCAAUGUGUUCCACUGAAGGCAGGUCAAUGUGUUCUCCUGAAGGCAGGUCAAUGUGUUCCCCUGAAGGCAGGUCAAUGUGUUCACCUGAAGGCAGGUCAAUGUGUUCUCCUGAAGGCAGGUCAAUGUGUUCCGCUGAAGGCAGGUCAAUGUGUUCUCCUGAAGGCAGGUCAAUGUGUUCCCCUGAAGGCAGGUCAAUGUGUUCUCCUGAAGGCAGGUCAAUGUGUUCUCCUGAAGGCAGGUCAACCUGAAGGCAGGUCAAUGUGUUCUCCUGAAGGCAGGUCAAUGUGUUCUCCUGAAGGCAGGUCAAUGUGUUCUCCUGAAGGCAGGUCAAUGUGUUCUCCUGAAGGCAGGUCAAUGUGUUCCCCUGAAGGCAGGUCAAUGUGUUCUCCUGAAGGCAGGUCAAUGUGUUCCCCUGAAGGCAGGUCAAUGUGUUCUCCUGAAGGCAGGUCAAUGUGUUCUCCUGAAGGCAGGUCAACCUGAAGGCAGGUCAAUGUGUUCUCCUGAAGGCAGGUCAAUGUGUUCUCCUGAAGGCAGGUCAAUGUGUUCUCCUGAAGGCAGGUCAAUGUGUUCUCCUGAAGGCAGGUCAAUGUGUUCUCCUGAAGGCAGGUCAAUGUGUUCACCUGAAGGCAGGUCAAUGUGUUCCCCUGAAGGCAGGUCAAUGUGUUCCCCUGAAGGCAGGUCAAUGUGUUCCCCUGAAGGCAGGUCAAUGUGUUCUCCUGAAGGCAGGUCAAUGUGUUCCCCUGAAGGCAGGUCAAUGUGUUCUCCUGAAGGCAGGUCAAUGUGUUCACCUGAAGGCAGGUCAAUGUGUUCUCCUGAAGGCAGGUCAAUGUGUUCUCCUGAAGGCAGGUCAAUGUGUUCUCCUGAAGGCAGGUCAAUGUGUUCUCCUGAAGGCAGGUCAAUGUGUUCACCUGAAGGCAGGUCAAUGUGUUCACCUGAAGGCAGGUCAAUGUGUUCACCUGAAGGCAGGUCAAUGUGUUCACCUGAAGGCAGGUCAAUGUGUUCACCUGAAGGCAGGUCAAUGUGUUCACCUGAAGGCAGGUCAAUGUGUUCUCCUGAAGGCAGGUCAAUGUGUUCCCCUGAAGGCAGGUCAAUGUGUUCCCCUAAAGGCAGGUCAAUGUGUUCCCCUAAAGGCAGGUCAAUGUGUUCCCCUAAAGGCAGGUCAAUGUGUUCCCCUAAAGGCAGGUCAAUGUGUUCCCCUGAAGGCAGGUCAAUGUGUUCCCCUGAAGGCAGGUCAAUGUGUUCCCCUGAAGGCAGGUCAAUGUGUUCACCUGAAGGCAGGUCAAUGUGUUCACCUGAAGGCAGGUCAAUGUGUUCACCUGAAGGCAGGUCAAUGUGUUCACCUGAAGGCAGGUCAAUGUGUUCACCUGAAGGCAGGUCAAUGUGUUCACCUGAAGGCAGGUCAAUGUGUUCACCUGAAGGCAGGUCAAUGUGUUCUCCUGAAGGCAGGUCAAUGUGUUCACCUGAAGGCAGGUCAAUGUGUUCACCUGAAGGCAGGUCAAUGUGUUCACCUGAAGGCAGGUCAAUGUGUUCACCUGAAGGCAGGUCAAUGUGUUCACCUGAAGGCAGGUCAAUGUGUUCACCUGAAGGCAGGUCAAUGUGUUCCCCUGAAGGCAGGUCAAUGUGUUCUCCUGAGUUGAUUCUUUAUUUGGAGAUGGAUCUAGAAAACAACACUGCUGAACAUAUCCCAAUACAAUGCCAACAUAAGUAUUUCCUGGUGUUUUUGAUUGUGUAAACAAAGUGUGUAGAUAUAUAUUUACGGCACAAUUAGA